UCAAAUAUUUUAUACUAUUUAUGGCCAGGAUUGAACCUUCGUAAUAUGUCACUUGGAAAACAAUACAAUACACUUAUGAAAUAUACACACAAAGUCCGGGAAAGUUUUACUUCAGGGUAGACAUAUUAAAUUCAUAACCAAUAAUAAUGAAUAAUAUAGGAAGUAGAUAUAAAGGUGUAUACUGUGUCGCGGUCAGGAUUACCUACAUAUAAACAUGUGUAUUUGAUGUACAACGAUGUAGAUGUGUUGUGACAACAAGGACCAAACAAAGUUGUCAUGUCCUGUGAUAAUGUGGUAACCAGAGACCAAUGGGGAGCCAGACCUUCGAAGAGCAUUAACCUGAUGUCAACGCCUGUUGGUUUUGUAUUCAUCCAUCACACAGCCAUGAGUUACUGCUUUGACCAGAACGCAUGCUCACAGCAACUUAAAGUCAUUCAGAAUUUUCAUAUGGACAAUCGCACAUGGGACGAUAUUGGAUACAACUUUCUGAUAGGAGAGGACGGUCAAGUAUAUGAAGCACGAGGAUGGGACAGAGUCGGGGCACAUACGUACGGCUGGAAUGACAUUGCAGUUGCGUUUUCUAUCAUGGGAAAUUUUAAUGAUCGUGUGCCCAACGACAAGGCUUUGACUGCACUUAAGAAUGUUAUUGAAUGUGGUAUCAGAAUGGGAAAGAUAACUCAUAAUUAUAAGAUGUACGGACAUAGGGAUGUAAGACAGACUGAGUGUCCAGGGAACAGUUUAUACGCUUUGAUACAGACUUGGCCUCACUUUGGUCAUACAAAACCAGUAAAACCAACCAGUUCAUCACAUCACCAGACUCAAACAAGCGACUGAUACCGUCAUUGGUUGUGUUUGGGAAUAUUAAAAUAAUCA